GCACCGCCCCCGCGAGGCCCCCGCCGUCGCCACCCUGCCGGCCUAAGUCUGUGGACGUUUUUUCCUCUCCGGUUGCUCUGCCCGAGCCGUCAUGCCGCUCUACGAGGGCCUGGGCAGCGGCGGCGAGAAGACGGCGGUCGUGAUCGACUUGGGAGAGGCCUUCACCAAAUGUGGAUUUGCUGGAGAAACAGGCCCAAGAUGUAUAAUUCCUAGUGUGAUCAAAAAAGCUGGACUGCCUAAGCCUAUCAAGGUUGUUCAGUAUAAUAUCAAUACAGAAGAGUUAUAUUCUUACCUAAAGGAAUUCAUCCACAUACUGUAUUUCAGGCAUCUGUUGGUGAACCCCAGAGACCGCCGAGUUGUGGUCAUCGAGUCAGUACUGUGCCCUUCCCACUUCAGAGAGACGCUCACUCGAGUUCUUUUCAAAUAUUUUGAGGUUCCAUCCGUCUUAUUAGCUCCAAGUCACCUCAUGGCUCUUCUGACGCUUGGAAUUAACUCUGCCAUGGUCCUGGAUUGUGGAUAUAGGGAAAGCCUGGUGUUGCCCAUAUAUGAAGGAAUCCCAGUACUAAAUUGUUGGGGGGCUCUCCCCCUAGGAGGAAAAGCUCUGCACAAAGAGCUGGAAACUCAGCUGUUGGAACAGUGUACUGUGGACACCAGUGCUGCUAAGGAGCAGAGCCUUCCCUCGGUGAUAGGCAAUGUUUGAACUGGCAUGUGUAGGUUGAUUCUGCUUGGGCGUGGGAAGGCAUAACAAAAUUUCCUUUUACUCUUUAAAGUGCGUACUUGCUUUGUAAGUGAUCUGAAGCGUGGACUCAAAAUCCAAGCAGCAAAAUUUAAUAUUGAUGGGACUGAUGAACGUCCUUCACCACCCCCAAAUGUUGACUAUCCAUUAGAUGGGGAAAAGAUUUUACAUGUCCUAGGAUCAAUCAGAGAUUCAGUUGUGGAAAUUCUUUUUGAACAAGAUAAUGAAGAGAAAUCAGUUGCCACAUUAAUAUUGGAUUCUCUUCUGCAGUGCCCAAUAGACACCAGAAAACAACUUGCCGAGAACUUGGUAGUCAUAGGUGGCACAUCUAUGUUGCCAGGAUUUCUCCACAGGUUACUUGCAGAAAUAAGAUACUUGGUAGAAAAACCAAAAUACCAAAAAGCACUUGGCACCAAAACAUUCAGAAUUCAUACUCCACCUGCAAAGGCUAAUUGUGUAGCCUGGUUGGGAGGGGCUAUUUUUGGAGCACUGCAAGAUAUACUUGGGAGCCGGUCAGUUUCAAAGGAAUACUAUAAUCAGACAGGCCGCAUCCCUGAUUGGUGCUGCCUCAAUAAUCCGCCUUUGGAGAUGAUGUUUGACGUUGGAAAAGCCCAGCCACCGCUGAUGAAGAGAGCAUUUUCCACUGAGAAAUAAAAGUUUGAUUACAUACAAGUUUGUUUCACUUCAAAUAGUUCUAAGCAAACUGAAGAAUGUUUGUGGGGUGCUCUAGUAUAGACAGACCACUUCAGUGGAAGUAGAAGCUUCUCUUCAUUUGCCUUUGCUUCUCUUGUAUUUAUAUCAAUAAAAAAUAAAACAAAUUUAAACAGUU